GUACGACGGACGUUCUUCUGAUCCUCGCUCCUCGCUCUACCGCCUCUACCUGCUGUAUCUCGAGUCGACCGGUCGUCUUCAGUCUUCACGUUACGUCGUAGCCUGGCCGCUGGAAAAUGGCACUCUUGUCCCUACGUUUAGCCUCAUCCUUGGCCAGGCACCUGCCGAAUACUACGGCCCAGAUUACGUGGCCUGCGACUGCUAUAGCCUCCCGCAAAUAUCAUGUUUCCUGCAGCCGCCGCUCGGCAGAAAUUUCUGCUAUCCUGGAAGAACGUAUCCUUGGCUCGGCACCUCAGGCUAAUCUCGAAGAGACUGGCAGAGUGCUCAGCAUUGGAGAUGGUAUCGCGCGUGUAUACGGGUUGAAGAACAUUCAGGCCGAUGAGAUGGUAGAAUUCAGCUCAGGCUUAAAGGGUAUGGCGUUGAAUUUGGAACCUGACAACGUGGGUGUUGUCGUAUUUGGUAAUGACAGGCACAUUAUGGAGGGUGAUAUCGUCAAACGUACCGGUGCCAUCGUCGACGUUCCUGUUGGCGACCAAUUAUUGGGUCGUGUCGUUGACGCCUUGGGUAAUCCUAUCGAUGGCAGGGGGCCUCUAAACAAUAAAUUAAGAUUCCGUAUUGGAACAAAAGCUCCAGGCAUUAUCCCCAGAGUAUCGGUCAGAGAACCUAUGCAAACUGGAAUUAAAGCUGUGGAUUCCUUGGUGCCUAUUGGUCGUGGUCAACGUGAAUUGAUUAUUGGAGACAGGCAAACUGGAAAAACUGCUCUUGCCAUUGAUACUAUUAUUAAUCAAAAACGUUUCAACGAUGGCGGAGAAGAGAAAAAGAAAUUAUAUUGCAUUUAUGUCGCUAUUGGCCAGAAGAGAUCUACCGUUGCGCAAAUUGUUAAGCGUUUAACGGACAGUGGAGCUAUCAAUUAUACUAUCAUUGUAUCUGCCACUGCCUCCGAUGCGGCUCCGCUUCAGUACUUGGCCCCAUACUCCGGAUGUGCCAUGGGAGAAUUCUUCAGAGAUAAUGGAAAACAUGCCUUAAUCAUUUACGACGACUUGUCCAAGCAAGCCGUUGCCUAUCGGCAAAUGUCUUUGCUGCUUAGAAGACCACCGGGUCGCGAGGCCUAUCCUGGCGAUGUAUUCUAUCUUCACUCUCGUUUGCUUGAAAGAGCUGCCAAAAUGAAUGAAAGUUUAGGUGGUGGAUCGUUGACCGCUUUACCUGUCAUUGAGACACAAGCUGGCGACGUGUCAGCUUACAUCCCUACCAAUGUUAUUUCUAUUACCGACGGUCAAAUUUUUUUGGAAACCGAAUUGUUCUACAAAGGUAUCCGACCUGCUAUCAACGUCGGUUUAUCUGUGUCGCGUGUCGGAUCUGCCGCUCAAACCAAAGCCAUGAAGCAGGUUGCCGGUUCGAUGAAAUUGGAAUUGGCUCAAUAUCGUGAAGUAGCGGCUUUUGCUCAGUUCGGUUCGGAUUUGGACGCUUCAACCCAGCAAUUGCUGAAUCGUGGCGUGAGAUUAACGGAACUUCUCAAACAGGGACAAUACGUACCUAUGGCUAUUGAGGAACAGGUAGCAGUCAUAUAUUGCGGUGUACGUGGUUAUCUUGACAAAAUGGAUCCGACGAAGAUCACCAACUUUGAAAAAGAAUUCCUUGCACACAUUAGGUCUGCUCAAAAAGAUCUUCUUGCUACGAUCGCGAAAGAAAAUGUUAUUAGCGAAGCAACAGAUGCGAAACUUAAGAAAGUAGUUGUCGAUUUCCUCUCAUCCUUUUCAGCGUAGAGCGAGAUCAUCGAACGUCAUUUUAAUGCGAGUCAACAUAGAUACGUAAACAACAUACAAGGUCUUUGAAAAUUUUUCUGCUGCUGACGUGCGUUACGGUACCGAUCGUACGCCGUGCUAUGCAAAUGUUACUAGUUUACAUUCGUAUUAUUAUAAUGUACGUAUGUAUACGAUCUGUACAUUAAAAAUAUUAUUGCAGCACGUCCACAUACGACCUGUAAACUCGAUAACCAUCUACAAUAUUCAAUAUAUUGAUACAAAAAGAUUGAUCUUUAAUAAAAAUAAAAAUGCUGUUUUAGGUGUA